AAUCAAGAAGGGUCUUCUCACAGUGGCUAGGUCUUCUGGAGAAGCUACAUGUUAUUAGGCUCCUUCCUGAGCCCCCAUUUUGACAGUGGAAGGCCUUUUACUGGGUUGCUGAUCACAUGCCAAGCUACCUCUCUAUCCUCAGGCGUGUCUUCUCUCAGCUGCAAAGAAAAAAUGGCAGGAUGGGAUUUACUUAAAAUAUUGCUUGAUGAAGUCCAGGAACAUUCAACCCUCAUUGGAAAGGUCUGGUUGACUGUGCUCUUCAUUUUUAGAAUUCUAAUCCUCAGCUUGGCAGGAGAGUCCGUUUGGGGAGAUGAACAGUCUGAUUUCAUCUGCAAUACAGAACAGCCAGGAUGUACCAAUGUCUGUUAUGAUAAGGCUUUUCCUAUCUCACAUGUAAGGUAUUGGGUUCUGCAGUUCCUUUUUGUCAGCACCCCAACAUUGAUUUACCUUGGCCAUGUGAUUUACUUGUCUAGGAGAGAGGAGAAACUGAAACUCCAGAACAAUGAAACAAAGACCAAUAAAGCCACAGAAUCAAACAUUAAGGACAGUAAAACUGAAUCUCCUAUCAAGAAGGUUAAGAUUCAAGGAGCGUUAAUGUGUACCUACACCACCAGUGUUGUCUUCAAAAGCAUCUUCGAAGGUGGAUUUGUUUUUGGUCAGUGGUACCUCUAUGGUUUUGUGAUGCCUCCAGUUUUUGUGUGUACUAGGACACCUUGUCCUCACAAGGUGGACUGUUUUGUCUCUCGACCUAUGGAAAAAACGAUUUUCAUCAUAUUUAUGCUGGUGGUGUCCCUUAUCUCGUUGCUUUUGAAUCUGCUGGAACUCAUUCACCUUGGCUGCAAACAGUUUAAUAAAACUGUUAAUAUUAAAGUUCCUUGCCAUCCUACCAAGGGCUACACAAAUGCAUACCCAAUCAAUCUUCUACAUCCACAUCAAUCUUACCCCAAUCCAACACCAAGUGACCAAGAAACAGAGCUACCAGUUUACAAGCCAAACUCUGAAAGUAGCAACUGGCCUAGUAUUAACACUGAAGAGCAGGUGAACUGUCUAGAUAAAACCAAGGCAUCAUCUGAAUGCUGGUCCCAAAGUGGAUCAUCUGUGGUAGUUACUAAUACCCCUAGUUCAAAUGCCAACCUGGCUUCCAAUUCAAGCAGCUGCCAGACAUCUAGCAAACAACAGUAUGUAUAGUUAUUUGCCAGGUGGAGACUGUGAACUGGUGUAGGGGUUGCUUCACAGGGUGAGCACAUGAAUGUUUUGGUCUUUUCAGUUGACCAAUCCUUAUACCUCAGAUUAUAUUUUUCGAUCACAUUAUAUAAGCAAAAAUAUGAAAAAAUAAAUAAAAAAUGUCACUAUUUCCUACA